AUGCAGCGGGUCGCCAAGGUCGCCCGGGCCUGGCAGCAGCAGCAAACCCGUUCCUACAGCCUUCUGGACAAGCUAUCCAAGACGGCCAAGGAUGCAGUGAACAAGACCAAGUCGGCGGCCGAGGACCUGCAGAAGAGCACAGGCGGCGCUGAGCGGCUGCAGCAGCUCAAGGAGCAGGCGGCGGCGGCCACAUCCACGCUGGGCGAGCGGGUGCAGCAGGCAGCCAGCAGCGCGCAGCAGCUAGCAAAGGAGACCGUGGAAGAGCUGAAGAAGCAGAGUGCCACGGGUGCUAGUGGCGGCAGCGCAGCCGGCGGCGCCUCGGCUGAGCAGCAGCAGGCAGCGGGCGAGAGCGCCGGCGGCGCAGGGACAGAGGCCGGGAGCAGCAGCGCUGCCAGCGGCGCAGGGCACGCAGGGGAGCAGCAGCAGCAGCAGCAGGGCAAGCAGGCAGCGUCAGGGCCGGCGGGCGGCGCCUCGGCCGCGGCGGCGCCCGGGCUGGCGCAGCGUCUCAAGGGCUUUGCCUCGGCGGCGGCGCAGGAGAUCGCGCGCGUGGUGCAGAGCGAGCAGGGCUCCAGUUCAGCGCUGCGAGGCUCCUCCGCCAAGGCCGCUGAGGUGGCAACAGCUGGCACCGACGCGCUGGCGGUGUCCAAGCAGCAGCAGAGCGCCUGGCAGCGGCAGUUUGAAGACAUGGCGGGCAAGCUGGGCUCGCACCCCUUCUUUGCCCGCAUGCGGGGCCUCAACCUGGGCGCCAACCCGGUGUUCUCCAAGGGCCGCGAGGCGGCGGAGAGCAUCCGGGAGCGGUGGGAGACGAGCGACUCGCCGCUGGUGCACCGCAUCCAGGACGCCGUGGACAGCCUGCAGACGGAGGGGGAGCAGGCGCGGGCGCUGCGCGAGAUCCGCGCCCGCGACCCAUCCUUUGACAUGGUUGCAUUCCUGAGGGGGCUGCGCGCCGACGUGCAGACGGUGGUCAAGGCCUACCUUGAGUCUGAUGAGGGCGGCCUGGUGCCCGACCCCACGCUGCUGGACACAAGCGAGGUGGAGCUGGUAGACAUCAAGUGGCUGGAGGAGGAGCCCAUCGUGGUGGUGCAGUUCACCUGCCAGCAAAUCAACUGCACACGCGACUCGUUCGGCAACGUGGUGGACGGCAAGCCCGACGAAGUGCACAGGCGGGUUGCGGGUUGGUGGGUGUAUUACUAUUGGGCGCUGCAGCAGGAGAGGCAGGGCUACGUGGGCGCCGACGGCGGCUACCACCCGCCGCGGUGGCAGCUGCGAGAGAUGCUCAUCCGCGGCAUGCACCACCUGCUCUAG